AUGGCGCUCGAAACGUCACAAGAUCUCAUCAUCCUCGUGCAGUUUCGAGCGAUGCAGCAAACACGCUUCGGUGGCUGCAAAUUUAUUACUUUUGAGGACAAGAACUGGCAUUCCGAGUGUUUUAACUGCUGCAAAUGCAAUUCGAGUCUCGUUGGACGUGGAUUUCUAGUAGAAGAUGAAGGUGUCGUCUGUCCAGACUGCGGUGCCUAG